CCUUCUUCAUCCGCUCCUCGCACCCACCCUUCAUUAUAAAUCUCUUCCGGUAAUCAGCCAACAAAUUUGAAAUAAAGCUAUAACCCCUUUUCACAUCUCGACUCUCUGAUCAUUUCCCAUAUUUGGAUUUUGAGAAAGAAAGCGAAAAAGAAUCGAUGGACCGCCAUGAAUCCAAAGGCGGAGGUCCAGGUGUGGUGUUGAAAGGAGUUCCGGCAUACGGCGGCAAAUAUAUACACUACAGUGUACUUGGAAACCUAUUUGAGGUUUCUUCUAAAUACGUUCCUCCCAUUCAACCUGUUGGCCGUGGUGCUUACGGCAUCGUUUGUUGUGCUAAAAAUUCUGAAACAAAGGAAGAAGUUGCAAUCAAGAAAAUUGGGAAUGCGUUCGAUAACAGGAUUGAUGCUAAGAGAACUUUGAGGGAAAUCAAACUCCUCUGCCAUAUGGAUCAUGAAAAUAUUGUCAAAAUUAAAGACAUCAUACGGCCACCAGAUAAAGAGAAGUUCAAUGAUGUUUAUAUUGUUUACGAGUUGAUGGAUACUGAUCUGCAUCAGAUUAUUCGUUCUUCUCAGUUAUUGACAGACGACCAUUGUCAGUAUUUUCUGUAUCAGUUAUUGCGUGGACUGAAGUACAUACACUCGGCAAAUGUUUUGCACCGAGAUUUGAAACCAAGCAACUUGCUCCUUGAUGCCAACUGUGAUCUUAAGAUUUGCGACUUUGGGCUUGCGAGAACGACAUCUGAGACAGAUUUCAUGACCGAAUAUGUUGUGACUCGAUGGUACAGAGCACCUGAAUUGUUGCUAAACUGUUCAGAGUAUACUGCAGCCAUUGAUAUCUGGUCAGUUGGCUGCAUCUUAAUGGAGAUUCUUUUGAGGGAACCUCUCUUUCCUGGAAAAGAUUAUGUUCAGCAGUUGGCGCUUAUAACCGAGCUUCUAGGUUCUCCAGAUGACUCGGAUCUUGGAUUUCUUAGAAGUGAUAAUGCUCGGAGGUACGUUAAACAGCUUCCUCAUGUCCCAAAGAAGUCCUUUCAGCAAAAAUUUCCGAAUGUGUCCCCUGUGGCAAUGGAUCUUGCACAGAGAAUGUUAGUUUUCGACCCAUCUAAACGCAUAACUGUCGAAGAAGCACUAAACCAUCCGUUGUUGCGAAAUCUCCAUGAAAUCAAUGAGGAACCCAUCUGUCCAUCGCCUUUUGUGUUUGAUUUCGAGCAAGCGUCGUUAAGUGAGGAGGACGUGAAAGAGCUCAUCUGGAAAGAGUCUUUGAAGUUCAACCCGGAUAGCGUAACGGCUGGGUAUCUUGAUUCUGGAAAUCUUUUGAGUUUUCAAUAAGCCAAAUGAUCAGAAAGGGAGUUUCUUGCUUGGAUAACUGAAGAAAAAGCUUUUUUCUCAGAGUGUUUCUUGCCUGGGUUUGGCUUCACUUUUUGUGUGGAUCUCUAUCUCUAUCUCUAUAUCUUGUGCUUGUUUCUUUGUAUGAAUUCUUUACGCGUAUUUGGGUGUUAAGAGAAUAAAUCCGCGAUAGUUGUAUAAUUUUCUUCAAAUUACGAAAAAAGAUAUACGUCAUCUUCUCA